AUGCACAGCCACUCAACAACCAGCCAGAAAAACAAUGAAUAUUAUUUUUGCAACACGCUCUCAAAUGAAAAUCUUCUGAGCACUAAAUUCUGGCAGCCAGAAAAGCAGCUACAACAUCUACAAAAUUCAAAGCAGCCACACAAGCAGCAAAGUAAAUUAUUUGUUCAUGCUGCUUCUAAUGUGUUAGGUUGCAACGACGAUGUUGAUGAAAUUCAUUCAACGUUUUCAAAAAUUUUUCACCGCGACCAAACUGUCGACAACAACAUCAACGUCAGCAACAACAACAUCAUCAACAGCAGCAUCUGUAACAACAACAUUAGCAGCAUCAACAACAACAGCAGAUCACAUGUAUUCAACAACUGCAACGUUAACCAGUUUAACAAUUCCAACCAUGUCUGCAAUAACAACGACUUCAAAAUCUCCAACGAAAAUGAAACUCCAGUAAAAAAGCAAAAUGAUAUUCUGCCUAGUGACCUCUACGUUACUUUGAAAUUAAACGACAGAAACAGGCAACACACGCCUGCAGUGCCAUUAAAGCUAAUAAAGCCGAGUCAUUCAAAUUCUAAUUUCAAUUCACUUCAGCCUUUGUUGACAAACAUAACGCAACAACAAUGCCAAACUGACGGCCCGUCGCAACAUUUUAAAAACUCUGAAAGGACGUCACGCGACAACAGGAAGCGGUGCACGACGACAACACUGCUGCUCAACACGAACUUGUACGCGUGCAACACCAUCCAGCAUCCCAUCCGCAAAAAAACGCGCCAAAACAAAAAUGUUGCCUUUCAAGACAACACAUUUCAACAAAAAUACAACUCGUCUGCCGGUAAUAUCAUGUGUUGCCAAAGUGAAAACAACAUUCCUGCUAAUGUUUCCUUUUAUGACGAUCAAAUGACGUCAUCGACUCUGAAAAUCCACGCACCGGCUGACGAUUGUUACGCAAAAGACUUGAAUUCGAUUGAUGAUUCAUUAAACUGCAACAUCAGCAACAACCGCAACAUCAGCAACAAUUUCAACAACAACUGCAACAAUUAUAAAAAUGUUGAAACGAAAACCAUCAUGAACAACAUUGGAAAUGUUCACCAGCCUGACAUGGGUGCAUUCAAAAAUAACAUCGCGGAGACAGGCAUGGCAUAUUACAACGACCAUACAACAACAUCGUCAGUUGCAAAUGUGGAUUUUUGCACAAAAACAAUAACAGAUACACUCACACAGCCUGACUCAAACAGUCUCAGCAACAGUUGCACAACCAACACGAACAACAUCAAUUUCAUUGAUAGUACUGUUGCCGCUAAUAAUCUUGUUUUAGAUCAUAAGUAUGUUGACAGCCCGAUAAACAUCAACGACACCAGCCACAAAAAAACCAAUAGCAGCAGCGACACUAACCACAACAACGACAACGACGACAAAUCGCACAGUCAUUCAGCUUGCACGUCAUCAACACGCAAACAACAAAAUAGACGAUAUUCAAUCAAAAAAACCAACACCAAACACUUACAAGCACCAACAAAACACAUCCCAACCGAUGAAACUAUUGAACAUUUCUCUCAUUUCGUCGAUUUAAAUUUAACUGAAGUCUCGUAA